CAUUAAGGAGUGAGUGCAGUGAGUGCAGUGAGUGCAAUUGGAAAGCAUUUAACAACCCGCAGUAUACUAGUAUUCGUAUCCAUUCACUCAUCCGCCAUCACCAAUUGUGUUGUCCUACUUAUGAACAAUCCCGCCUUCCCGCUGUGUUGUGUUGUGUUGUGUUGUGUUGUUGUAGAUAAUCUUGAACUGUACUUACUGUACUUACUGUACCUACCUACCUUGCCUAGAUAUUAACACGGUUUCAUAUGACAAUUAUAAUUCGGCCGCUCACUCUUCCUCAUCGACAUUCUAACUUAUAAUUCCUCUUCCCAUUCCCAUCGACACUCUUUUUCCUACUCUCUCCCUCUUCCCCUUCCUCUAUUUCUUCCGAGGUCAAUCAUUUUCUUCAUCUAGAACAGCGAUUUCCUCCAAAAGUUUAGCUUGUUUUAAUCUAUUCUCUAAGAUCCUAUUUUGACCAGAGCAGCCAGCGACUUUGCCUUUGUACUCUACAUAUACCUGUACCGUACGGAGCACCCAUACCUACUCGAGUACACUAACAACGAUACGCUAUUACAAUAUAUCAAUAAUUCACAACUCUCACUUCUUUCCAUUUUUCCAUUCAAGUCGACGAUCACUUGCGCGAAAAACACCAUCCGGGAUUCUAGGAAAAUAAACGCAAACAUACUUUCCGAACCGAACUCCUAUAUCAUAGACUUUUGGAGCUUUGCGCUCCUAGCGUUUUUAGUUGGACUAUCGCGCAUCUCCAUUGUUUAUGAUCGACUGCUAGAAACCUUCCUCCAUGGAUCGGAAACCAUUAUGAAUUCUUUGAAUAUCCUUUCGGGGCGAGGCUCUCCUACGCAUUCUCCCUCACUUUCGCGUUCAAAUUCUCUGGGAAAUGUAUUGGCAUCCGUAACUACGUCAGAAUCAAGAAGGAAUUCGCGGGAAGAGGCUUACAGCGAGGAGCCGAAAGGACUGGAUCAGGAGGAUGCGCCAGACUCGAAUGCCGAUGAUGACGAUACAAUACACGAAUCUAUACCACUAUUACACAAAGAAGGCAUGGCUUAUCAUACAAGUGAACAUGUGGGCAUAACGAGAAUGCUUUAUGACUCUAUACGAUGGGUGCUAUCAACUCUCGUUGCGCCGGGGGUAUACGUUAUAGCUUGCUUGUAUAAUGAACGGGGUCAUUUCGCUCCAAUAUCUCAAUUCAGAAGACUAUUUGGUGGUACAAAUGGGCAUUCAAGUACGCAAUCGACGGGGGGGUCGCCCAUUUCCGAGAAAAGUAGCAUAAGUCAUUUGGCCAACGGGAAGCUAUCGGCGGUACACGCAUCCUCAUCAAGAGAUCCUCCCUCGCCGAAUUCCUCGUCCUUCAUCUCAUCUGAGUCUGAAUCAGAUGACGACCGACUCCUUAGCGAGACAGAUAAAUCUGCAACGAAAACAUCAAAUCGCCAAACACGUUCAAAAUCCCUGCAAAGUUCUGACGAGAUCUCACCCGCGAGGAGAUCCAUUCGCAUCAAGAUCCAUAGCGACGAAAAUUUGAGGCAGCGGAAGCACCGGAAGGCAUCGUCAACAACUACUCAGAGUGAUGGAUCCGGCGGCUCCAUGUCCGCUACCGACAUGGCUGCUGCGAUGAUGAAGUCACCUACGUCCUCCGCAACUUCCUCUCUCCUUAUGACAAAAUAUCCACGAGCUCCAGCACCACCGCGACCUCUCAUACCUCGACGACAACCAUCCUAUACUCUUGACGCUCCCGUGGGGAAACUCACCCAGAAGACUCUUAUUCUUGACCUUGACGAAACCUUGAUACACAGUAUGAAUUAUGGAGGUCGAAUGAGUGCUGGCCAUAUGGUGGAAGUGCAGAUCACAAACCUCAUGGGUGCAGGGGGCGCUGGUCCUCAACAUCCAAUAUUGUAUUAUGUGAAUAAGAGGCCAUACUGCGAUGAAUUUUUGCGACGUGUUUGCAAGUGGUAUAACUUGGUUGUUUUCACGGCAUCACUUCAGGAUUACGCAGACCCGGUCAUAGAUUGGCUAGAACAAGAGCGUAAAUUCUUUUCUGCACGAUAUUAUCGACAGCACUGUACCUAUCGAAACGGCGCCUUUAUUAAAGAUCUCAGCUCUGUUGAGCCUGAUCUUAGUAAAGUUAUGAUUUUAGACAAUAGCCCUGUGAGCUAUCUGUUUCAUCAAGAUAAUGCAAUACCCAUAGAAGGGUGGAUCAAUGAUCCCACGGAUAAUGAUCUUCUACAUCUGGUACCCCUUUUGGAAGGACUCCAGUAUGUGACGGAUGUACGAGCUUUUCUUGCAUUACGCGGUGGGGAGGAUGGGAAGCAUAUGACUUCUUAGGGAAGAGAUGAGUUUGGAAUGUUAAGUUCAGAAAGGAGUAUAGGGAUACUCAUGCAUAAAUAUUUUAAUGAUACCUUUAUAUCAAGUUUCGACUACACAGCUAUUUAAAUUGCCGCACUGUGGUCGAGAGAUCUUAGUCUUGGAAAGGAUGUGAAGUUUCAAUAGAAAUCUUCAAGCUCCAAGGGGAUUAAAAGCCUCGGAUACAUGAUUAUUGUUACAAAUUCAGUUCAAUGUGACAUUUGCAAUAGUAGAUAUCGUCUGAGUCGGUAGUAUAU